AUGUGUGUUCGUGUGUGUCCCCCCCGCAGGCGGAGGCCGGUGGUGCUGCUGUGGGCGGCCCUUUGCCUGGCGACCGCCCUGGCCGUGGACCGGAGCAACUUCAAGACGUGUGAACAAAGCGGUUUCUGCAGGCGCCAGCGCGGCCUGCAGCCCGGCCACUCGCCAUACCGGGCCCUCCUGGAAUCGUUGCAGCUCGGACCGGACGCUGCCAGGUUACAGCUCGUUAACGAAGUCACCAAGGUCCCGCUGCUGCUGGAGCUGUGGGGGCUGCAAGGGAACGUCACCCGUAUCCGCAUCAAGGAGCUGAACCCGCUGCGGCCGCGGUUCGAGGUGCCGGAUGUGCUGGUGGCCGAGCCACCGGUGGAGCGGUUGGCAGUGACGGGGCGAGACGAGGGGAGCCUGGAGCUGUCGCUGGGCCCCGCCGGACACCGGUUGCUGGUGACAGAGAAGCCAUUCCGCAUGGACCUGCUGCAGGGACGGGAGCUGCUCUGCAGCGUCAAUGCCCGCGGGCUCCUCUUCUUCGAGCACCUCCGACAACGCCGGGACUCGGACACCCCCAGGGAGCCCACUGCGGAAGAAGGGGGGGCUGCCGAGGGGCAGGAGGAAACCACUGGUGGGACGGAGGACGCCAGUAACCAGAGCGAGAAGCCCACGGAGGCCACAGCUGAGGCUGUGGAGGAGCCGGGCUCCUGGGAGGAGACAUUCAAGACACACACGGACACCAAACCUAAUGGGCCCACCUCGGUGGGGUUGGACUUCUCCCUGCCCGGCUUCGAGCACGUUUAUGGCAUCCCCGAGCACGCCGACAGCCUGCGGCUCCGCACCACCGAGGGGGGAGACCCGUACCGCCUCUACAACCUGGACGUCUUCCAGUACGAGCUCUACAACCCCAUGGCACUCUACGGCUCCGUCCCACUCCUGCUGGCACACAGCGCCCGUCGCACACUUGGCAUCUUCUGGCUCAACGCUGCCGAGACCUGGGUGGAUAUCAGCUCCAACACCGCCGGCAAGACGCUUUUCGGGAAGCUGCUGGAUUACAUGCAGGGCGGGGGCGAGACGCCACAGACGGACGUGCGCUGGAUGUCGGAAAGCGGCAUCAUCGACGUUUUUCUGCUGCUGGGCCCCACGCCCGCCGCCGUGGCGGGGCAGUACGCCGCCCUCACCGGCACCCAGGCGCUGCCCCCCCUCUUUGCUUUGGGUUACCACCAGAGCCGCUGGAAUUACAACGACGAGGAGGACGUGGCGGCGGUGGAGCGGGGUUUCGAGGAACAUGCCGUCCCCUGCGACGUCCUCUGGCUGGAUAUCGAACACGCUGACGGCAAACGUUAUUUCACUUGGGACCCCAGCAAGUUCCCCCGACCCCGUGAUAUGCUGGAACGCCUGGCCGCCAAGAAACGCAAGAUGGUCAGCAUCGUGGACCCCCACAUCAAAGUGGACAGUGGGUACCGCGUUCACAACGAGCUGCGCUCCCGCGGCUUCUACGUCAAGACGAAAGACGGCAGCGACUACGAGGGCUGGUGCUGGCCAGGCUCUGCUGCGUACCCCGACUUCACCAACCCCGAGAUGCGCGCGUGGUGGGCCUCCAUGUUUGCCUACGACCAGUACGAGGGCUCGACCGAGAACCUUUUCACUUGGAACGACAUGAACGAGCCCUCGGUCUUCAGCGGCCCCGAGGUGACGAUGCACAAGGACGCCGUGCACCACGGCGGCUGGGAGCACCGAGACCUCCACAACCUCUAUGGCCUCUACGUGCAAAUGGCGACGGCCGAGGGGCAGAUCCAGCGCUCGGGUGGGCAGCACCGACCCUUCGUCCUGAGCCGGGCUUUCUUCGCCGGCUCCCAGCGUUACGGCGCGGUGUGGACGGGUGACAAUGCGGCCGAGUGGGAGCACCUGAAGAUUUCCAUCCCCAUGUGCCUGAGCUUCGGGCUCGCCGGUCUCUCCUUCUGCGGCUCGGAUGUGGGGGGCUUUUUCAAGAACCCCGAAGCGGAGCUGCUGGUGCGGUGGUACCAAGCGGGCGCUUUCCAACCCUUUUUCCGCGCCCACGCUCACCUGGAUACGGCGCGCCGCGAACCCUGGCUUUUCGGGGAGGAAAACGUGGCGCUGAUCCGCGCCGCCAUCCGCCAGCGUUACGCUCUCCUCCCAUUUUGGUAUACCGCUUUCUACCGCAGCCACCGCCACGGGCUGCCCGUCAUGAGGCCGCUUUGGAUGGAGUACCCUGAGGAUGCCACCACCUUCGCCAUCGAUGACCAGUACAUGAUCGACAGGGCGCUGCUGGUGCACCCCGUGACGGAGCAGGGUGCCCGUGGGGUGCAGGUUUACUUACCCGGCAAGGGAGAGGUGACCUUGCGCCUCUUUGAGGGGCUGUGCUGCUCCGCGGGGUCACCCCCUCCUCCUUGA